AUGCCAAAGUAUGACCAGAUAGGCCAGGUCUUUGGCCACUCUGGCCUGCACUGCCUCAGUGUGAUCUUGCACAGGUUUCCAGUUUCCAAACCUGAUGUGAUCUCCCGGCUGGAACGAGGGGAAGAGCUGUGGGUCCCAGAUCUCCAGGGCUCUGAGGAAAGAGAGCUCCAGAAAGGUGCCCAGUCAGGUGAUCAGAUGAGGCAAAAGCCUGUGAGAGUCAGCAUAGGUCAGAGAAAAGCUUCAGUAUAUUAUCAGACAUUUGACGUUAUUAGACAUGAAAGAAUGAACAUGGGAGAGAGACCCUAUACGUGCCUUGAGUGUGGAAAAAGUUUUAGUCAGAGCUCAACCCUCAUCACACAUCAGAGAAUCCACACUGGAGAGAGGCCGUACACAUGCCCCGAGUGUGGGAAAAGCUUCAAUCGGAACUCACACCUCAUCACACAUCGGAGAAUCCACACAGGAGAGCGACCCUACACAUGCUCUGAAUGUGGGAAAAGCUUCAAUCGGAACUCAAACCUUAUCACACAUCAGAGAGUCCACACAGGAGAGACACCCUACACAUGCUCUGAGUGUGGGAAAAGCUUCAGUCAUGGCUCAGCCCUGAUCACCCAUCGGAGAAUCCACACUGGAGAGACGCCCUACACAUGCCCUGAGUGCGGGAAACGCUUCAAUCACAGCUCACACCUCAUCACACAUCAGAGAAUUCACACAGGAGAGACACCCUACACGUGCUCGGAGUGUGGGAAAAGCUUCUGUCGGAGAUCUGCUCUUAUCACACAUGAGAGAAUCCACACGGGAGAGAAACCCUACACAUGCCCUGAGUGUGGGAAAAGCUUCAACCACAGCUCAAACCUGAUCACACAUCGGAGAAUCCACACUAGAGAGACACCCUACACCUGCCAUGAGUGUGGGAAAAGCUUCACCCAGAGCUCACACCUCAUCACACAUCGGAGAAUCCACACAGGAGAGCGACCCUACACAUGCUCUGACUGUGGGAAAAGCUUCAAUCACUGCUCAAACCUUAUCACACAUCAGAGAAUCCACACAGGAGAAACGCCCUAUAUAUGCUCCGAGUGCAGGAAAAGCUUCAAUGAGAGUUCAGACCUUAUUAGGCACUGGAGAAUCCACACAGGAGAGAAACCCUACACAUGCCCUGAGUGUGGGAAAACCUUCAACCACAGCUCAAACCUGAACAAACAUCGGCGAAUUCACACUGGGGAGACACCCUACACCUGCCUUGAGUGCGGGAAAAGCUUCAGCCAGAGCUCACACCUUAUCACACAUCGGAGAAUCCACACGGGAGAGCGACCCUACAAGUGCUCUGAGUGCGGGAAAAGCUUCAAUCGGAGCUCAAAUCUUAUCACACAUCAGAGAAUCCAUCUGUUUCAUGGCGCAAGUGCUGGGAGGGAGGAGGAGAAGCAGGACGCGGCAGCGCACUCGUGGAGGAGGCGGAGAUGCACAGAGAUGGUGGAGGAAGGAGGGCACAAGACACAUAACAGGAAGGCAGGAGAAAAGUUUCAUGGGGCAAAGAGAGAAACAGUUGGUGCCUCCAGAGGACAUUCCUUCCCCGUGGAUCCCAAUCUGACGGCCUUUUUGGACAAGGAGCACUUCCAUGCUGUGCACGUGAUGAUGAUCAGUGAAGGAAUGAAUGUGUCAGACUCCAAGUUCAAACUUCAGGAUGUUGAAUCUCGAUUCUAUGCUUUUCUCGCUUAG